GUGGUGAGAAUUGUAGUGACAUUCUUGGCGGCAGUGGUAGGCUUGGUGACGUCACAGCAGUUCGCAUCGCCGUACCAGAGAGGUCCUUACAACACCACCUACGUGCACAUAGGCUCCCUCCUCACCGUGGGCCUCGAGGAGAAUCUUGAUGUAUGGCUUCCCAACGACCCAGGGACGUACAGAGUCUUUUAUUUCAUCGAUGGGUUCGGAGGCGUCAUUCCAGGAGUGGCCUAUGAUCAGGUAAUGGAGCACAUAGCCUCGCACGGGAUGGCGGUCGUUGUGCCCUGGCAACUAACAGCCCCCUUGAAUCCAGAGGACAAAGUGCCGAUCUUCGCUUCUGUGAUGGACUGGGCCGAGGGUCAUUUGGAGUCAAAAUUACACCACAAAGGCGUUAAUGAGGAUGUGCAUCUCGACUUGGACAAUCUCGUAGUUGGCGGUCACUCUGCCGGCGCGCACGUACUGGUCGAGUACCUGAAGGCCGGCUGCGGCAAGUUCAAGGCGCAGGUGUUAAUGAGCCCUGUGGAUGGCGUCGACGCGGCGGGCCUCAUCCCCAUCUUCUGCAUCACGCCAGGCCAGACUCUCAACUACGCCAUGCCGACCCUUCACCUUGCUGCUGGCCUGGAUAAUCUCGGAGGCUUCAGCGACUACGCAUGCGCACCAGAUUUCCUGAGCAACAAGAGAUUCUACGACGCCCUUGAUCCGGGUUCUCCUCGCUGGUCCAUCAACGCCACCGUCUUCGGCCACGCGGACCUGCUCGACCCGUACUACCAGGGGGCGCUCCAGGUCGUCGAAUUCUGUGCCUACAACCACAACGCGACGGAGGAGGAGUUCGAGGCUUAUAGGCGAUACGUGGCGGGGCAGAUUGUGUCCUUCUUCAAGGCCUUGUAUGGAGGAAGCGACGAAUGCGUGGCUCACCUGGCCUACCUGGAGGACCCGGACCUCAUGAUCGUCGAGGCUACGGAGGUUCACGAAAACCCAGGAGCCGUCUGCCCCGCCCCGCAGUGCUCCUGGUGGCCGGAGCCCGAAACUACCGUCGCUCCGUAAUUUUCACUUUCUAGUAAUCACUCAUUAGCCUUAAAUUACAUUUUCCCCGCCAUUUACACGUAUCAUCAGUUUGGUAAUUUAACGAAAUUCGAUGAAUAGAAUAUCUAGAUAUAU